UUUUCUAAUCCCAGUGUCUUAAGAACUGUAGGAUGUUAAGUUGGUGGAAAAUCUGUUUGGUUUUAGUGGUAGGCACUGUUUGUACGCCCCAGCGUAUCCCAAUAGAUGAAUUUUUUGCCAGUUGGAAGGCGGUUCUGGGAUCUGGUUUAAACUACUCGACAACUCAGGAGAACUCUUGGAUCAUGGAACUAAACUGCCGGUAACCAUUCUUAUUCUCGUUGGAUAUUUUUAAUUGGCAGGCUAUGUCUCAAUCGUUUUUAAUUAUUCAAAUGUGAUAUUUUGUAAUCAAUCCCACUGACACGAUUCUGAUUCGGUAGAUCAUUAAUUCUGGGAUGCACUCUCGGUUCUUAAUCCUGGAUAUAAAACAGGAUCCGAUCGUCCUGGAUUUAAAAAAACAAAACACUUGUUCAACAUGCUUUUAUUGUUCUUUGUGGCCUGGUUUGCCUUUUGGGCCGAUGGUAAGGAAGGCGAGGUAUGCUACACCGGUAUACACUGUAUACAGCUCAACCGCACCCUGGGCUAUUUCAAUCCAGUGCCUAACUCUCCAGAACAGAUUGACGUCAAAAUCUACUUUACAAACAGGAGAAACUCUAGGAUGGAGCUGCCGAGUGAGAAAGGUCUAUCUGUAAUGCCCAUGGACGUUGCAGGCCAUUAUACAUUCAUAGUACAUGGUUUUUUAAGUUCAGCCAAUGAAUCUUGGGUCAGGAGAAUGGAAGAGGCUUUAAUCGAACAUGAGGAGACGAACGUAUUCAGUGUCGACUGGUCGAAAGGCAGCAGGCCUGGGUAUUUCCAGGCGGCUGCUAAUACUAAAACCGUGGCAGGUGUCGUCGUACGCUUCCUCCUUGAAAGGAUGGAAAAAGGUCUGACUGAACCGUCCAAGGUUCACCUCAUCGGUCAGAGCCUUGGAGCUCACCUUGUGUCUUACAUCGCCGACAAGAUAAACGGGAUAGCUUACAUAACAGCUCUAGACCCGGCGGAGCCUGGAUUCACGGCCGAUUCACCCGAGACGAGGCUGGACCCAGGUGAUGCUCUCUAUGUCGAGGUCAUCCAUACCAACACAGCUAGGGUACUUCCCAGCCUGAGCUUCGGGCACAAUGAACCUUUAGGUGAUGUUGAUUUUUACGUGAACGGAGGUUCGAAGCAACCGGCUUGCGAUGCGGCUGACAAAAGCCUCAGCGACUAUUUCUCCUCAAAACUGAACAGCUUGAUACAGAGCAUUGGGUGCCAUCACAUGAAAGCCCAAGAGUACUACAUGGAGGCGCUCAACUGCACCAUGUACGGAUUGAUGUGGGACUUGAACAACCCGGAUCCUCCAGAUGGUAGGUGUACCUUGUACAACUGCCAGAGAGUCGGCCCAAGCGGUACGCUCCUUCCUGCCAGGGGCGUUUUCUACGUCCGAACCGACACAAAGCGCCCUUACUGCGCCACCUAUUUCAAACCUACGAACGACUUCGAGGCUUUCCUGGAUGAUGUGUCAACCAAUUUCAUCUGAAUUCAAAUAUAAAAAAAAUUAAAUCAAAAUGUGUUUUAAUUAAAUAUUUUAAUACUUAUAAUUUUGUACUUGUACUGGAGUACAAGAUAAAAGAAAUCAUAAAUAAUCAUAAAGUCCAACGAACUCUGUGUCAGCACUGAAAGACCUUACAGGGAUUAAAAGGCUUAUUCAAAGGUUAAAAGGCCAUUAUUCCUCCCUUGAUGGAUUUCACUUUGUACCAGGAUAUUUAUGUAUAAUUCUCUACUCAUAUGAAUCGGUUCGUCAAACAUUAAGGUGGCUACAGACAUGGAGAUUUGCCGAAUGCUGGGCAAAGGUUCGUUGAAUCUCAAUUAAUGGGGACAUAUUUGGUGCUCGCCUUGCUUGGCUAAUUGUUGGCUUCAAAGUGCAUGAAUGUUCAUGAAGUAGACAAACUCAAAGCAUCCAAAAAUUUAGGAACCAACAGUACUGUAUGUAAAUCAACUCAAUCAUCAAUCAACAGUUAUUGUUUAAUUCUAUUUACCGCUAUUUAUUUUUUAAAAAUUAUAAAUGAUUCCUAACUAGUGAAGGUGUAUUAAUGAAAGAACCACAUAGCGUUGUUUCUGUUGGUCAAGAAUGGAACGGCUGAACAUAACAGUCUUGGAGUUCCUUGAUCAAACUGAACCAAUAAGUUGGAUGCUUCGCUUCUCUUCCAAAUCACAAAAAUCAGUUUUCCAAUGUGUAGAAACGGAUGGGGUAACAGUACUCUGUGGCUGUGUUUGUAGCCACUACACAAAACAGUAACCGCAGAUUCACAGUUGUCCAUUAUGUUUGGUAGUAGUAGAGGACUUGCAUGGCACUUAGUGAAAAUUUGCCAUUUCUACACAAAUUGGGUGGUCAUACAAACCCUGUACGUGUGUAUACAUAAGCACGCUAUUGGAUGACUGCCAAGACAAGCAUCUCGAGACAUGGUGAAUAUUGAUGGUGAUCGACAUUCGGUGACCUUUACAGUAAUCCAAAUGGGACAAAAAUGCACGAAGUCAGAAUUGUAAAGGAAACAAAUGGAAAAGUUUUGGGUCGGUAUG